GGGUCCGCAUAAACACGAUAUUACGGUAACGUCCUUUACACUCCCCAAACUGAUCGCAGUGAUAGGUUACGGAGAGGCUGGGUCUUCACUUCCGUGUGUCUGGUAGGAAAAGCCAGUUUACAAACAUUCGCCGGCCGACUUUAUCGUCUGCGAAAUAUAACUGACAUGUCAAUUAAUAUACGUGCUCUCGUCGGAGCGAAAUGGCUAGCUGAAGCAGUGAAGAAUAACCUUCUGGGGCCUAAGUUGCGUGUUUUGGACACUUCGUGGUACCUACCCAAACUGAAACGUAACCCUUCAGUCGAAUUCAAAGAGAGACACAUACCGGGGGCUUCCUUCUUCGAUAUUGAUCUAUGCUGUGAUAAAACGUCCCCGUUUGAUCACAUGCUGCCAGCUGAACACGAGUUUGCGGACUAUGUGGGCGACCUGGGCAUCUGCAACGACACGCACGUCGUGGUGUACGACGCCAGCGACUUCGGCUCCUUCUCCGCCCCAAGGGUUUGGUGGAUGUUUCGGGUCUUUGGCCACCACUCCGUGUCCGUGCUUGACGGCGGUCUCAAGAACUGGCUAAAAGAGGGCCACCCUGUCACGGCAGAUUUCUGCAAAGCUGCCUCUGCGCAGUUCAGUGCGUCUCUGCAUCGGCCCUGGGUGAAAACCUACGAGGAUGUCCUGAAAAACAUUGAGAGCAAACUGUUUCAAGUGGUGGACGCCAGGACUGAGGGGAGAUUCAGGGGAAUAGAACCGGAACCAAGAGACAAUACAGAGCCUGGCCAUAUCCCGGGCUCCAUCAACAUGCCGUUCACUUGCUUCCUGGAUGCCUCUGGCCUUGAACGUACACCGGAGGAGCUGGCGGAGAUGUUCCGGGGUGCCGGAGUGAAUUUGACCAAACCGCUGUGUGUCUCCUGCGGCUCAGGGGUGACCGCCUGUCACGUGGCCCUGGCAGCCCAUCUGUGCGGCCACCCCAGCGUGUCCGUGUAUGACGGGGCCUGGUCCGAGUGGUAUACCAGAGCUGCCCCUGAGCACGUCAUCUCGGAGGGCAGGGGGAAGCACGUGUAACGGACAAAGACUGCCCAAUACAUGGGUCAGUGCCCAAGAUGUCAGUCCAGGCUGAGAUACCUAUCAUGUCAAAAAUGUUCACUGGAUUUACAGAUAGAAUCCAUGUCAAUUCUCAGUGAUGCUGUAUAGUUUACCUGAUCUGGUAUGAGCAACAUAUCCGUCUGUACAGUAACAGCUUAACCUAUUUGGUAGUUUUAUAACAAAAACAUUGAGCGGUAAAAAUGUUUUAUAUUUGAAAAGUCACACUUAAUUGGAUUUUUUGCAAAUUUCUACAAACAAGUGAAAUUUCAUCCUGUCCAGGUGUCGCCUGCCUGGUGCUUCGUGGCAUCUGCCCCAGGGCCACUGUCACCUGGCAGUGGAUGAGGGGCCGUGGAAGGUGGGUGGACAGUCAAAAGUCAUAUUUAGUUCUGACUGCACUUGCUGUGAUUUGUGACAGUAUGGAUGAUUACUGUUGAUGUAGCCUUUUGGGUCAGACUCCAGUCAGAGAAUAAUUUAUGUCUGGGUGUGUAUAAUAGUAGAAAUACUAACUAAAAAUGUACAGAGAUUCUUUUUGCAUUCAAUGAAUAAAAAAAUUUGUAGAAA